GAAGCUUCGUGGCGGCCGGUACUGUAGAGCGCGGCAAGUGGAGGCGCCGCUUUAGCAGCCAGGACUCUAGACUAUGGCGGCUACUGAUACAGAACGAGAUGGACUAGCCCCAGAAAAGACAUCUCCAGAUAGAGAAAAGAAUAAAGAGCAAUCAGAUGUAUCCAUUUCUCCUAGAGCUUCAAAACAUCAUUAUUCAAGAUCACGAUCAAGGUCAAGGGAAAAAAAACGAAAGUCUGAUAAUGAAGGAAGAAAACACAGGAGCCGGAGCAGAAGCAAAGAGCGUGCAAGAAGACAUGAAUCCAAAGAUAAAUCCUCUAAGAGACACAGAUCUGAGGAACAUAAUGACACAGAACAUUUUUCUGAUAAAGGAAGAGAGCGACUAAAUUCGUCUGAAAAUGGUGAGGACAGGCACAAACGCAAAGAAAGAAAGUCAUCACGAGGCAGAAGUCACUCAAGGUCUAGAUCCCGUGAAAGGCAUCAUCAUAGUAGAAGCAGAGAACAGAAGAAGUCACGGUCCAGGAGUAGAGAGAGAAAGAAGUCUCGAUCCAGAAGCAGGGAUAGGAAGAAGUCAAGAUCCAGGAGCAGGGAAAGAAAACGGGGGAUCCGAUCUCGUUCCCGCUCAAGAUCAAGGCACAGGCAUAGGACUAGAAGCAGGAGUAGGACAAGAAGUCGAAGUGGAGAUAGAAAGAAGAGAAUUGAAAAACCAAGAAGAUUUAGCAGAAGUUUAAGCCGGACUCCUAGUCCACCUCCCUUCCGAGGCAGAAACACAGCAAUGAAUGCUCAGGAAGCUUUGGCUAGGAGAUUGGAAAGGGAGAAGAAAUUGCAAGAACAGCGAGAAAAAGAAAUGGUUGAAAAACAAAAGCAACAAGAAAUGGCUGCAGCCGCUGCAGCCACUGGAGGUUCUGUACUCAAUGUUGCCGCCCUGUUGGCAUCUGGAACACAAGUGACUCCUCAGAUAGCUAUGGCAGCUCAAAUGGCAGCCCUGCAAGCUAAGGCACUGGCAGAGACAGGAAUAGCUGUGCCCAGCUACUAUAACCCAGCAGCUGUGAACCCAAUGAAAUUUGCUGAACAAGAGAAAAAACGGAAAAUGCUUUGGCAAGGCAAGAAAGAAGGCAACAAAUCUCAGUCUGCUGAAAUAUGGGAAAAACUGAAUUUUGGAAACAAGGACCAAAAUGUCAAAUUUAGGAAAUUAAUGGGUAUUAAGAGUAAAGAUGAAGCUGGAUGUAGCUCAGUUGAUGAAGAAAGUUAUAAGACUUUGAAGCAACAGGAAGAAAUUUUUAGAAACCUUGAUGCUCAGUAUGAAAUGGCAAGAUCACAAACCCACACACAAAGAGGAAUGGGCUAGGGUUUCACAUCUUCAAUGCGUGGAAUGGAUGCAGUAUGA